AUGCCUCAAUACUCAAUUAAAGUAAAGUGGGGAAAAGAACUUUUUUCUAAUGUAGAAGUUAAUACAGAUGAAGAACCAAUGUUGUUUAAAGCACAACUUUUUGCACUGACAGGAGUGCAACCAGAAAGACAAAAAGUUAUGUUAAAAGGAAUGACAUUAAAGGAUGAUGAUUGGGGCAAUAUCAAAUUAAAAGAUGGUAUUACUGUAUUAAUGAUGGGCUCUAAAGAAGAAGAUGUACCAGCAGAACCAACUGAAAAACCAUUAUUUUUAGAAGAUAUGAAUGAAUCUGCAUUAGCCACUGCAUUAGAUUUACCAGCUGGUUUGACAAACUUAGGAAAUACUUGUUAUUUAAAUGCAACUGUACAAUGUCUGAAAACUGUCCCUGAAUUGAGAGAUGCUUUAAAGAAUUUUCCAGGGGGACUUGCAGCUGCUGGUAGCUCAUCGCUUGUACCUGCACAAAGUAUAACUGCUGCAUUAAGAGAUUUAUAUGAUAGUAUGGAUAAAGGAUCAGCUUUGCCACCUGUUGUUCUUGUUCAAAUGAUGCAUUUAGCAUUUCCAAGAUUUGCUGAAAAAUCUGAACAUGGUGGAUUUCAGCAACAAGAUGCUAAUGAAUGUUGGACUGAACUUAUUAGAAUGUUGCAACAAAAAUUACCAGCAAAGGAAAAUCCUGCCUCAGAAAAUAAUGGACAAAGUUAUAAACCUCGAUCAUUAAUUGAACAAUAUUUUGGAGGAACAUUUGAUACAGAAUUAAAAUGUAUAGAAUCUGAAGAUGAACCCCCUACUAAAGGAAGAGAAGAAUUUUUACAAUUGAGUUGUUUUAUUUCAACAGAGGUUAAAUAUAUGCAUUCUGGACUUAGAAAUAAGAUGCAAGAACAAAUUACAAAAAUGUCACCAACUCUUGGCAGAGAUGCAAUGUAUACAAAAACGUCAAAAAUUAGUAGAUUGCCAGCAUAUUUAACAAUACAAUUUGUACGUUUUUAUUACAAAGAAAAAGAAGCAAUCAAUGCAAAAAUUCUCAAAGAUGUCAAGUUUCCACUUGAAUUUGAUGUUUUUGAAUUAUGUAGCAGUGAACUCCAAAAUAAACUUAUACCAAUGCGAGAGAAAUUUAAAGAACAUGAAGAUCGCUUAGUAGAAGAAUCCCGCAAUAUAAAAGAUAGAAAAGAUAAAACAGACAAUAAAAAAAAAGUUAAACAAGAAUCUUUCUGGUUUCCAGAUGACAUAGGAUCAAAUAACAGUGGUUAUUAUUCAUUACAAGCAGUUCUAACACAUAGAGGACGAUCAAGUAGUAGUGGCCAUUAUGUAGCUUGGGUUAGACAAAAAAAUGAUACAUGGUUAAAAUGUGAUGAUGAAAAUGUUAGCGCUGUAACUAGUGAAGAAGUAUUAAAACUCAGCGGCGGUGGUGAUUGGCAUUGUGCAUAUGUUCUUCUAUAUGGUCCAAAAAUUUUAGAAGUACCUGAUACAGAUAAUAAUGAGGAUUCAAAUAUUAAUAAUAAGUAAUUCUUAUGUAAUCGACAAGUUUUCCAUAAAAUCUGAAACAUUUCCACUGUGCAUCUAUUAGGCAAAUGCAUUUUUUUAUACAGA